AUAUAGAUGUACAAUAUUUAGAGAAAAGCAUGAAAAGUUGAACACGUAGGAAUAAUGAGCAACAGAAACAGAUGCAAAAGGGCUAAACUGCCUCUGCCGUGUUUGGCUGAGGAGUUGAUAAUUCAGAUUCUCUUGAGGGUUCCGGCGAAGUCUCUGAUGCAAUUCAAACGCGUAUGCAAAUCAUGGAAAACCCUAAUCUCCGAUACCCAAUUCGCGAGGGAGCAUGUUGCCACCUCGUUAACAGAUCCAAACACGGCCUUCCUACGACUCGUCUCUUCCCCAACUGAGUGGGGCCGCAAAAUGGUAUCAUACUCCGUCAACACCAACACCAACACCGUAGACCCUUCAACCAUUCUUAAACGCCGUUACUACAAGUGGAACGGUGAGUGGUUCCACAAAAUCGUAGGUUCAUGCAACGGCUUACUUUGUUUGCUCGACGAUGUUGAUUGUUUCACACUGUGGAACCCCGUCACCAGAAUCACUUCUUCCGUGUUUUCAACCGAUGAGGGCUAUUGGGUGAAUAUUCAUUUCUAUGGCUUCGGUUAUGACCAUGUCAAUCACGUGUACAAGUUGGUGGUGGGUGUGCAUGUCAGAAACGUUAACCGCACUGCUCAAUAUGUGACCAAAGUGUACAACUUUGGUGCCAAUUCUUGGACCGUCAUUCAGAAUAUAUUCCCGAGUUAUCCCAGUAGGGUCACGGGACUAGGAAAGUUUGUGAGUGGCACUCUUAAUUGGUUUGUCAACAGUGGUGGUCGAUGCAUGGUUCUUUCCUUUGAUUUGGUGAACCAGACACGUAGUGAAAUUAUGCUUCCAAGUCCAACAACAACAUGUGGUGGCAACGUUUGGUGUCCUACUUUGGGUGUCUUAGGUAACUUUCUUUAUCUUUGUUUCUAUGACCCCACCGAAGAUCAUUGGGCUGUGUGGCUCAUGAAGGAGUGUUGGAGUAGAUGGAUGGUCGUCCCUCGAGUUGGGUCCUUGCUGCUUUCCGGAAGGGCACUCGCAGUUUGCCCCUUUCACGUUUCACAAAAUGGUGUUGUUUUGUUCGGAAGUGCGUCUCGUGAUUUGGUUGUGUAUAACUCGAAUGAUGGAAGCUUCAAGUACCCUAAGAUUAAGUGCUACCUUGGAUCCGUUGCCUUCACUUAUCAUGAAAGUUUGGUUUCACCACGAUGUUUAAAUCACUUUUAGUG